UACGGUUACGUAAAAACAGACAGAAAAACUACGAAACGAGGAUUGCGAACAGGAAUAGAAGCGAUGGGAACAGUAACGGGGCCAUGGAAGCAGCUUCUUAUCAACGCUCUGGAGUCUAACGUUCACCUGAAGCACUCUUCCUUCUUUCAACUUGCAACAAUUGGAUCAAAUGGGAGACCUUCGAAUCGCACUCUGGUUUUCAGAGGAUUUCAAGAGAACAGCGACAGGAUCCAAAUCAACACUGAUUGCCGAACUCACAAGAUUGAAGAGCUUAAGCAUUGCCCAUUUGCUGAGAUGUGUUGGUAUUUCACUGACUCUUGGGAGCAAUUCCGGAUCAAUGGCAAAAUUGAUAUCAUUGAUGCAUCGGAUCCUGAUCCCAAUAAACUUCAGCAAAGAGAGAAAUCUUGGUUUGCUAGUUCUCCGAAAUCAAGACUGCAGUAUUUAGGGCCUAAUCCAGGUCUUCCCUGUCUAAGCGAACAGCCAGACCAGGAAUUCUUAGAUCCUUCUACAGGUCCAGUUGGUGCAUUUUGUGUGCUGAUUUUAGAUCCAGAUCAGGUUGAUUACUUGAAUUUGAAGAGCAACCAGAGGGUAAAAUUUACAUCUGGACUGAGUGUUAAUGGAGAGAAGUGCUGGACUUCAGAGAGGGUCAAUCCAUAAUCUCUGCUUUGUGAUUGAUUUUUGGAUUCCAAUGUCAAACAAGUUGCCGAUUUAGAAACAUUUAUCAAAUUGAUUAUAAAGAGAUCCCUUUCAUGUA